AUGUACCGGCAUCCCUCGCUCCCCAGUGACGUCAUUAGAGGCCGACUCUGUCCCUCCAGCUCCAGAGUUGGGCUCGCUCUGACAAUGGCAGCUUGGGCUAAGGGGGUUCGGGCGGUGCUCCUGGAUGUCAGUGGGGUGCUGUAUGACAGCGGUGGACCGGCAGGGGGAGCUGCCAUCCCAGGCUCCAUAGAGGCAGUAAGCAGGUGAAUGCUGGGAAACACGGUAGAAAUAAAUCAAGUGGGCGUGGUCUGAACUGUCAUAGGAAGUAUUGAUCGGGGGCGUGGUCUUGAGUAGUGGUAGGGGGCGUGGUUUGGACUCUCAUGAAGUAGUGGUAGGGGGCGUGGUUUGAUGCCCAGAGACAACCUGGGCCAUGAGCUGUCGGUGUAUGACGUCAUAACUGUGCUGCAUUAAAAUUAUAGCUGGUGGUAGCCCAUAAAGAAAGGCUGUUCUACAACUAUACCUCCCAUCAUGCUUUGCCAGAGCAGAAGAUGUCAAAGCAUCAUGGAAUUUGUAGUUCUUCAACAACUGGGAGCUUGUAUGUGUUUUAUUUUAAAACUACAAUUCCCUGAAUGCAUUGCAAGCAUAAAACCUGCCAAGGCAUCAUGUGAGUUGUAGUUUUACAAGAGCUGGGGAGUGUGUUUUACGGUAUACCUACUGUGAUGACGGAGAAAUGUGACGGUCCAUUCACUACAAAGUCAACUGAAAAGCAGUUUUGCAAAGUUUCUGCAAAAAAUAGUCAAUGUUUGCAAAUGAUCCAUUUUACCUAUGUAUUGCAAAAUUUAAUUUUAAUUAAAAUCCACUACAAUUUGGUGUUUAGUUAAAUAACCCUUGUGGAAAGGACAAGUGGAUAAUGGAAAGAGAAGACAAAAAGGGUUCACAAGUCUCUGAAAUUACAGACAGUAAUGAAAAAUUGUCAGAGUCAAAUUAAUCACUUUUAUGAUUUGAUCUAUAUAUAUUUUUUAUACUUUUUUUUGAACGUAACCAGAUAAAUACACAAAAUAGGCGUACAUAUAUCAGUGUGUACAAAUAUAAGAGUGUAGCACGAUGUCACACAGCAAUGCAUAGAGUAUGUGAACAUCAAAGUUUUCUGGCAAGGUUUUAACUUUUACCCUGGAAAGAGCUCAAAUAGAAAUAAAAAUCACCGAUGUAUAAGCAGACCAUAACCACUGCGUUCAGUGCAUCCAUGCAGACCCAAUUUAAUACACUGCCCCCUCCAUCCAUUCUAAUACAUUGCCCACAAAUCCAAUACAUUGCCUCUACACAGGAAGGUCCCCCAAGCCCCUCUUACCCUACAUUAAGAUGAGCCACCGUCCUCUAGUUCCAACCCUGCUCUUCUCUGCUCAAGCAGGCUAGAAACUCCUCUAUACACCAAAACUGCCUCAUUAAGCUAAAGUUGUUUUGGUAACUAUAUUAUCCCGUUAAGGAAUUUGUAUCUUCAUCAGUUAGCAAUAAGUGGUCCUUCAGAUAACAUUUAUUUAGGUACAAAUAUAUUCAGAUCUACUUCUAGUUAGAUCCACCAUUUUAGAGUACCGUAUAUGCUCUUAAUUUUCUUUCCACAAAAAAUCUGACUCUUAUCUUCAUCGGUUAGCAAUAAGUGGUCUUUCAGAAAACUUUUAAUUAGGUACAAAUAUAUUCAGAUCAGGGAUACCAACUUGUAUGGAAUAAGGAACUAGAAUUGUGAUCCGACAUUCAAUUUAUAUCGUUUCUAAAAAUAUCUGUAAAACUAUUGCUUUGUAACAAUGAGUUGAAAAAAAAAAUCUUCAACUUGGCUGUUUUAGUCUAGAUUUUGCAAUCCCCUUUUCACUUAGAUUUUUGUGUUUAGUGAGUGUAAAUGUGUGUAUGCGAAUAUCCCAUAUUACCUAAAAAAUAAAUAAAUAAGGAGAUAGCUAAUUAUUUGGAAGUCCUUGUCACUUUCACAUUAUUGUCCAAAUUAGCGGGACUGAAUACAUAGCUGACUUGAAUAAUUUUUUGCAGGUAUUCACACGGAAAAUGUUCAUUGUCAACAUUGUUAUAUAUACCUACUAUAUAUCUUAAUAUGGCAACUACCAUCGUAGGUGAAACUAAAGCAAUAUAUUUUUUCCUUUAAACAUAGCCAUUGAAACAUGACCAAGUCUAAAUAUAACUGAAAUUUGACACAUGGAUAAGCAGUCUGUAGUUUACUACAAGCACUGAACAAGGAUAGCAUGCACAUACUAUGAAUACUGUUCUCUAUACUGUAAACAUAUUGAAUAUGCUUGGAGUAGUCUGCUAGGAGAGCUCAAUUCACAGUAACUUUCAAUGGCAUUAUACAAUAUGUAGCAGCCAAUUCAAAGUUCAUAGUAGGAAAUAAAGUGUUGAAUUUAUUAAUGUGACCAUGUCAAGCAAUUAUUUUUUACAUGAUUGAAACUUUUAUGGGAUGCUUGUAUUGACUACAUUGGAAUGUCAACAAAAUCAGUCAAAAGAUAUCAUAAGAUAAAGUCAGAAAUUGUUUUCUUUAUACAACAGCCUCAAGUUAACAAAACUUGACAAGUCAUUAUUUCCGCCUUCAGGGUUUCUCGGUUCCCACAGCAGUUGCUAGCAUUUAUAUGCAAAGACCCCAACAGCAGCAGAGCCACUUUAAAUGGAACCGAUAGUCCGUAAAAUAAAAUUCGUUAUUUCGGAACUAUUAGAUUCCCUUCCAUAUACUCAUCUUCUGUCCAGCCUCUUCCCCUCCGUUUGCAUUUAAUAAAAAAGGUAAAAUAAAGAAUACUCAACUAUUUUCCAGUGACGGGCCUCCUCUGCUGCACCCGCUCAACCUUUGAAGACACCAGCUGAUGUCUUCCCUAUUGAUUCCCAGACCGAGUUUUACUCAAUCUGGAGGAAGAAGUACUUCUAAUAGCUGUCCGAAAGACAACCAUUAGUGGUGAAUUUAAUCCUAAAAAACUGCAAUCUUUUACAAAAUGACCAGACUACUGCACGAAGACCACUCAAUUGAGAUGAAGUGAUCUGAGAGACUAUAGUAUUCCUUUAAUAUUAGUUUUUUCUAAAUCUAGGUUUGUGGAGAAUUGGCAAGGAAAUUGUACAUAUUAGACUCCAAGACUCUAUAAAGAUUCUAUAUUUCUGAAAAUCUCAAAAGUGACAGAACUGACUUAAAGUUGACUAAUUUGGGCAUGUGGACAUGGCAAAGUAAGAACUUGCUGAAGAUAGGUCCAACGCAGAAGCCCCGGAGACAGGUAUGAAAAGAAGAUAAAAGAGCCAUAAAGAUCUGGGAAGAAUGAUGACAGCAAGGAGACACCCAAGGAUUUUAUAUUAAUGAGAGCAAAGAUCUAGAGAGAACAAUGUUAGGGCUCUCUUUGUUUGGGUGAGGACUUGACUACUGUAUGGACAGUGUGGGGGCUAAUCAAGUCAUUGUGACUUUGUGUGUGAAUAAAUGUAAUAUUAGUAAGUAUGAAUGCAAGUGUACACAUAUAUACAUAUAUGUUUACAUAUGCCUACAUAAACGUACGCUUUGGACAAAAAUUAUGAAGUGAUAUUGAUGGUGGAAAGCUAGUUGAAGGCUUUAAGCCUGUUAUUAAUGUCCAAGAGUUUAAAGAUUGCAUACAUCCCAACACUCUGGCCUAUGGAAUCGGGAGAGGGUCCUAGUGCCCCCUGCACAGCGCUAGUCCAUUACCAGGGAACUAAAGCAGGACUUUUGGUGGGCCUGAGGUUGUGACACAAAUUUGAGGUACUGCGCCAUCAGACACCUCACAUUUAAAUGAGCUGUACGUGUUAUGAUGCUUAGAAUGUAUCGUUCAAUGUAUGUGUAUCUUGCACUCUCUCACAAGGUGCAUGGAGUCCAUAGUUCUACUGACUUUUCCUGAAGUUCUGGGAUAUUGGCACAACCACAUGGUGAGCGUAUACCACAGGCCUUGCACUGAAACCAGGCAGAACAGAUACAUAUGCUUAGUGGGAUGUACAUUUUAUACCACGGGGUAGAGGAUUCAUUGCAUGUGGUCCAUCAUAUUUAAGAGUGGUUUUAUAGCAGUAUAUAGCUGUCUAGAGUAUACCUAGAAAUAUACUUUGUAUAUGUAGUAUACAGUUAGGUUAGCUCUGUUGGUCUUUUUGCAUGAAGUAUAAUCAAAAGUGUGUCUUUUGUUUGUUUCCCCCUGUAUUAUUUGUAUACAAUACAAACACACAGACCUGUCUAGUCAAAGAAGGUAGUAAAACCUUCUUAAAGCUCAGCUGGAGGUCUGCUUGCAUGUUAAUGCUUAGAUCAGUUGGAUAUUUACAGCGGGUUGUUUUCUAAAUAAUAAACGUUUCUGACCAUAGCAACAAACAAGAACAGUAUAGCCCUGAGCAUCUGCUAUCGGAAGUCCUCACAUUCCUCCAUUCAGGUUGAGCAAGACUCCAAAAGUUAAUGAAAUCGAGCUGUAAUAGAUCAUAAAGUAAUCAUAAACCACAGGAGGGCAGCCAUAGAGACAUAUACUAAAUGUGACAUUUUUAAACCCGUUUUCAAAAUCAAGGAUUGUAUGAAGAAGAAAAAAAUAUUAUGCCACAGUGGGCUAAAACAUACAUCAUUCUAUGACCGGAUAUUAAUCUACAACCAGUGGAUAGACUAUUUGGACAUCACUGUUCUACUUUCUGCAAAUUAUUGGCCAUCAAACCUAAAUAUAUAUAUAUUUUUUUUUCCAUUUCUAAAUAAAUGUAAGUUUAUUUAUAAGAACAAAUCCUUAUUAAAAAGUAUUUGUUUUGCAUUAUCAACAGAUGGGGCUAUAUUACGGGCUUCGUAUAGUUUUAAAUCAAGGUCAAAGUGUCCUUCAAGGCUCCAUAAUCACUACAUGCCAAAGAAGGGAUUUUUGUGUCAUUUGGAAUGCGUGUGAUGUCACCAGUUUCUUGGUCAAACGUUUUGAGCAAUUUCACUUUGAUUUAAAGGUUGUCAUGGAACAGGGCUUAAGAACCAGCAUAUCAGCGAACCAGGAUUCAUUGUAAUGGUAGUGUUAUAGCGUGUCAUAAGUGUAAUGUAGCCUCUAAUUAAUUGUGCUGUUUCGCCUGUGGUGGGGUGGCUUGGGUUUCGAGCCACAUGGUGGGGACUGGGAGUAAUGAUAUUUCCAUUUAGAACAAUAUACCAGUGAACGUUUGAGUGAUGAUUGUGCCAUUAAGUAAUUCUAAAGACGUGUGGCAUCGUAAUAACUAGUGAUGGAAAAGAAGGCUUAACCCACCCUUCGUUCUAGGGUUACAAAGGUAGGACAAUCUGAGGGACUCUUUCCAGCCCACACUUGUACUAAGCUCAGAGAGAACCAUCCUUGCAGCUCUGCUGCUGAAACCACGCACCCACAGCAGACAUUUUUAAAGUUUGUCAGAUUCAAUUCACAUACCUCCCAACAUGUCAAAAGAACAAAGAGGAACACAUUCAUGUUAGGGUGUGAGUGGGGUUGUGGCAAGAGGCAGGGCUGGUCUGAAAAAAAUUAUAUGACUUACUUAAAACAAUUUAUGUAACCAAUUUAUGUAAAAUACAAUUUAGAACAAGAACAAUGUAUCUUAUUUACACAGACUGAUUUCUAAACACAUUUAUUGUAGUUUAAAGACACAUUACUGUGAGUAUUAUUGCUGUGGAGCUCUGUUAUACACUCAGAGGCACCAACAAUAUGGAGCUCUUAGAAAAGAGGGACAUUAGAUAAAAACGAGGUACAGGGUGAUGUGUGACAUGUCAGGAUUCCCUUUAAUUCCAGAAGUUUGGUCCUUAAGGGGUUAAUAGAGACACUUGGGAUGUAUGUACGCACAUCACAGUUAUUACAUAACUAUGAACUUUUUCUUUUCAUUUUUUGACAGCAAACUAUUUUAUUUUGUGUGGUUUUUUUUAUAUAGUUUUGUCUUCCUCCAGCAAUUCUUUCUGUUUAACUUUUAGCUCUCCAAUUAAAGUGUGUUGGUGAUUAAGCAUUGUGUCCCUUUAAUGAGGGAAAACAGAUGCAGUGAUCACAAUUCAGAUUCCUGUCAGCAGCCAAUUAAUGAUUAAAUGGCACAUAAGCAUUUAUGCAGGUAAUUGUUUUACCAACACAGAUGUUUUGUGGGACUCAUAAAAGAUCAGAGGGGAUGAUUGUCUAGUGAAAUUAGGAUCAGAUUAACUCAAUGCCUUUGAAAGUGGUAUCCUCAUUUCAAUGAGGCAAAACAAAGCCUUUUGUAACUGAGAUGCAGAAGUGUGGCUUUUUAUUCUUGUGUAAUAGGGGCACGCUUAACAAGUUAACAGUUGACAAAGUUGUAAUAUUAAAAUUCACUGAGAGUUUAUAGCCAGUCGUAAAAAAAACAAUGCAUGUCCUGAAAUAAAAGUAAAAUCUGGUUACUCUUUGGGUUGCUUAAAGGGGCACUCAAAGCUGCAUAACCAAAACAGCUCUGUGUAUAGUGUUUAUGGUGUUAUCAGUGUAAGGGUUCCAUACCAAGUUUUCUGUCAGACGGUUUUGGAACAGUUUGACAAAAAACAGAUGUUACAGCACCCAUAGUCCAAGGUAGUGAUAGGCUCAGAGUAGUGAACUACCAUAGUCAUUGCCAUUCAAGGUUGGCUGGAUAUUUGCAUGCGAUUUUAUCCGAGAGACAGGUUAUGUGCUGUGGUGGGGCAGAAGGAGCAUUGGUUUAUGACAAACUAGUCCAAAGCAGUUUCACAAUCUAUUGAUAAUGCCUGUUAAUCAGUGGUGUAUUUAGGAUUUGUGCUGCCAUAGGCAUGACGGUUUCUAGGCCCCCCUAAUUUACAUUUUCCCCACCCCUUCCUGUCAAGGCCGCACUUUGACUGACAGACGCUCACUCACUGACAGACGCACUCUCAUAUACACUGACAAAUAAUAACACACACACACUAUUACUUGGACACACACUGACAGAUGCACGCACUCACUGACAGACGCACACUCUCAUAUACACUGACAAAUAAUGACAUACACACACACUAUUACUUGGACACACACUGACAGAUGCACGCACUCACUGACAGACGCACACUCUCAUAUACACUGACAAAUAAUGACAUACACACACACUAUUACUUGGACACACACUGACAGAUGCACGCACUCACUGACAGACGCACACUCUCAUAUACACUGACAAAUAAUGACAUACACACACACUAUUACUUGGACACACACUGACAGAUGCACGCACUCACUGACAGACGCACACUCUCAUAUACACUGACAAAUAAUGACAUACACACACACUAUUACUUGGACACACACUGACAGACGCACGCACUCACUGACCGACACAUACACACUCACAUAGACACACACACACACACACACAUUUACAGACACACAAAUACUGUAAUCAACACAAAUUAUUGUCUCCUAAUCAGCAGUAAUUAAAAACUGUGAUGCUACACAUCUCACAAGCUGUAAUCUACAGUAUUUUAAUUUAAAAAAAUAUAUAAGUUUACACAUAUAUAUAUAUAUUAAAGUUUGCUUCGAGGUAGCAUUUUUCAUUAGAAAGUUAAUAUUGGAAAAUGAGUGUGCUACUUUAUGUCGGAGAGUACCAGAGCUAAUAUUAGAUAGUAUUACUUUACUCAAAAGGUCAUCGACACAUGAUACAGCUUUACACAUGGGCUGGAAAAAGUAGACAAAUACAUUUGGGAAAAUUUAAAGAAAUCCAACAAUCAACGGCUAUUAUGGUUAGUUUUUUUAACGUGAUAAGAUUGAUAAAAUUAGUACCUUUUCAAAGGACAUUGUAAGCACCGCAAGUAUAACCACAGCUGUGGGUCGGCUAAUGCGAAAGUUAACUUUCCGCAUUAGCACAGAGGGAGAGUUUGCUCAGAGUGUUCCACCAUCCCUACCUGUCCCAAAUUGAGCAGCUAAUUGGGAAGUGCAGAUCCACAUGAGCUGAGCCUAGAAGAAAGGGCAGUUUUCAGGCAGUAGAAGGCCAACCUCUCAGACAUUUUUGGCAAGGUUAAUCUUGACACAAGAGUGACCCAGCUUACCUGAAUAACUCCAGGAAGUUGAACAACCAAAAAUGUCAGUGUCUCCCUGGUCAGGAAUAUAGAAAUUAAUGAAAAUGAAAGACAAAUCUAAAAAUAAGAAAACCAGAAUUCACAGCAAUCCGAGAAACAAAAUAAAAAAAACAAAAAAAAAACAAAACACUGUAAUGGAAGCCUUUAUCAAUUUGGAAUCGGUGAACCUGUCACUGCGCUCUCAUGUCACUUGACACCACCUAAGAAGGGUAUAUACCCCUGUGAUGAAAUUACUCACUUCUUUUCCAGCGUUGGGACUCUUCCACCAGUGGUGUUAUCAAGCAUGCUGACAUCAACUGCCAUCUCGUCCAAUCCAGUGCUUUUUGCAUCUGCAGCAUUUGAUUGCAGGACUGAGCUUUACUGGUUUAUGGCGAUGAGAGACCUCUAGUGGCUGUCCGCUAAAUAGAGGUUAGCUCUGAGAAUAGUUUGGCUUGGUUAUCACAGUGGAUGCAUAUCUAGUGGCUGUAAGCAAGACAGCCACAAAAUGGCUAUUUAACCCCUUAAGGACACGUGACAUGUCAUGAUUCCCUUUUAUUCCAGAAGUUUGGUCCUUAAGGGGUUAAAGGGACAUUGUAGUCACCAAAACAACUUUAGCUCAGUGAAGCAGUUUUAGUCUGUAUAUCAUGCCCCUGCAGUCUCACUGAACAAUUAUCUGCCAUUUAGGAGUUAAAUAACUUGUUUAUGCAGCCCUUGUCACACCUCCCUGCAUGUGACUCACACAGCCACCCUAAACACUUCCCUGUAAAGAGUCAUUCAAUGUUUACACCUACUUUAUUGCAAAUUCUGUUUAAUUUAGCAUUUCUUAUCUCCUUCUCUGUUGAUAGCUUGCUAGACCUUGCAGGAGCCUCCUAUGUGUGAUUAAAGUUAAAUACACAGAGCAGGAAAUAAAAACAUUUAAAGUAAGUGAUGUCUGAUUGACAUUGAAACUAUUUGUUUUAAUGCAGGCUGUGUCAGGCACAGCCAGGGGAGGUUGGCUAGGACUGCAUAAAUAGAAACAAAAGUGAUCUAACUCCUAAAUGGCAGACAGAGUUCAGAGGUAUGAUCUAUACACCAAAACUGCUUUGUUAAGUUAAAGUUUUUUUGGUGACUAUAGUGUUCCUUUAAUACAAGCAUUGCAGUGUCUCAUAAAUGACAAUGUUUUUUGCUUCAAUGCUUUCCUAUGGGAAUUUUACUGACAAUGGAUGUCUUCAUGGAGAACGUGGGGGACUGUACCCAGACCACUUCAAUAAGCUUAAGUGGUCCAGGUUCCUGUAGUGUCAUUUCCUAUCAGCUUUGGUAUAGUUAACCUACGUUCUGCGUGUUGGGUUAUAGUUCAUCUUGACACUCAGGCAGCAAACCUAUUAAAAAAAAGGUAUUUUUCUUAUUUUUUGAAAGGAAUCUAAAACAAAAAAAAUGCAAAAAAUAUAUUUACAUUGGCUGAUAUUUUGGGGAUAAAAUGGGUUUUCUUAUACUGAGUAUUGGUGCCUAUAGUGAUUGCUCCUUAUUUUGCAGUUCAUCUCAGAAUAGCAUCUAGUUGUUCGUGUGUAACAUGGCAUUUUGUUUCCAUACUCCACUAAGUGUAUUUGCAGUAUACUGGGUGAUGGCCCAUUUGUAUCUGACUUGGCUCAGAGCUAUGGCACUUGUUGGGUGAGUUUGUUGGUACAUGAAAGAACAGAUGUUGUGUGUCCGUCCCUUUCUCCUGUCACACCCGCUGCUCACUGUUCUGAGAAGGUCGCAUAGUAAUUUAUUAGAAAUAAUUGGUCCCUUGGCUGCUUCGCUCACCUGCAUCAUUACCCUCUGUAUGUGCCACGCACCGCUGGCAUAUUAGUGGAGUAAAUUGGGGACCACUUUAUCUCUUUAUCCAAAUGACUCAUUUAAAAAGAGAAAAGCUUAUGUUAUGAAGGGCAAUUACACUGUAAGUGCUAUGAAUAAUUUUCAUCUUUCUGUUGGGCAGAGACAAACCGCAGAGCUGUAUUUAACCUUAAAUUAUUGAGGCCAGAGGCACCGAGGGGAUAAACAUAAUACCGUAUGCCAUAAUACAAAACGUACGAUUCAGUAUAACAAGUUUUGCAAAGCUGUGUACUAUGUUUCCUAUUGUUCUAGCAUUAAUAGUAGCUUUUGUCUCUACUUUAAUGUCUCUUUAUAAUACAGGAUAAGGGGAUCUGGGUUGAAGCUGCGUUUCUGCACCAACGAGUCACAGGCUACACGCGAUCACUUUGUCCGGAAGCUGCAAAGAUUUGGCUUUAUGAUAUCUGAAGAAGAAGUAACCGCACCAGGUCCUGCAGCCAAAAAACUGCUAAAAGAUCGUGGUUUGCGCCCCCACUUAUUAGUACAUGAUGGUCAGUGUCCGAUCAACAGCAUCAAUUUGUCACAAAAGGGCUAA